GCAAGCUCCACCGUUGCUGUUAACAGAGGGGUGGCUAGUGCCCUGACGUGCGUCUCAAGGAAGUCUGAAGUUACAGUGUGGCUUGUUAAUUGAUUCUUUGUAACCGGGAUAAAGCUAUCAGGAAUGAGUGAGGACAUGAGCAUGUAUUGUGUCACCCUCAAUGGACCGGCUCCCUGGGGAUUUAGACUCCAAGGGGGCAAGGACUUCAACAUGCCCCUAACUGUGUCAAGGCUGACCCCUGGAGGCAAGGCCGCCCAGGCCGGAGUGGGUGUAGGCGACCUUGUGGCGUCCAUUGCUGACUCCAACGCUGAGGAGAUGACCCAUGUGGAGGCACAGAACAUGAUCAGAGCAGCCACGGACUCACUCACCCUCACCCUCCACAGAGCUCUCGCUCCUGGGCAAGAACAGAAGGACUCGCUUGCUCCUGCCUCCAGUCUGCCCAAGUACUCAUUUGCCCCCAGCACGGCCAUAAACAAGAUGGCACGGCCGUUCACGCCAGGGGGCGGCACAGCGGGCACGGGCCCCGUCAUCAAGCCUGUGUCGUAUAAGCUUAACUCGGGCACUAGCAUGUCACAACCACACAAUGGUCAUGGGCCAGCGUCAUCUCCCUCUAAAGCCAAACCUGCAGAGAGACCGGAGGCAGUUCCAGCAGCGACUCCUGCUCCCAAGCCGCCCGCUGGGCCGCGGGCCCCCUCUGCGCGCCCCCCGUGGGUGACGGACCCCGACUUCGCCGACCGCUACGCCCCGGACAAGACGAGCACGGUGCUGACGCAGCACACGCAGCCGGCGGAGCCCACGCCCAUGCAGAACCGCAGCUCCAUCCUGCAGGCCGCCCAGCAGGGGCCCAACGCCACCGGGGGCGCUGGAGGCAACGGCCGCACCCCACUCUGCGGUGCCUGCAACAAGGUCAUCAGAGGUCGCUAUGUGGUAGCGCUGGGUCGUUCCUGGCACCCGGAGGAGUUCACCUGCUGUCAGUGUAAAGUGCUUCUGGACGAGGGAGGCUUCUUCGAGGAGAGAGGCUCGGUGUACUGCACCAAGUGCUACGACAACCGCUACGCUCCCAAUUGUGCCAGAUGUAAAAAGAUCAUCACAGGGGAGAUCAUGCACGCCCUGAAGAUGACCUACCACGUCCAGUGCUUCCUGUGUGCCGCCUGCAAGGCGCCCAUCAGGAACCAGGCCUUCUACAUGGAGGAGGGGGAGCCCUACUGUGAAAGAGAUUAUGAGAAGAUGUUUGGCACUAAAUGCCACGGCUGCGACUUCAAGAUUGAUGCGGGGGAUCGGUUCCUGGAGGCGCUGGGCUACAGCUGGCAUGACACGUGCUUCGUGUGCGCCCUCUGUCAGAUUAAUUUGGAGGGGAAGACGUUCUACUCCAAGAAGGAUAAGCCACUGUGUAAAAGCCAUGCCUUCUCGCCUGUGUGAGCUGACAGCAUCAGAAGGGUUUGGCGGGGUGGUGGUGGUGGGUACUGUUUGGGGCUCGGUGGGGACGCACAGCGAUGGCCGACGGCCCCCUUCCCUCGCAUUGACCGGUUCACCCCACCUCACCCAACACUCUCUUCUGCUCAAAUGAACCAACAGUAUUUAUGAAACCUUUCUUUUCUAUAGAGCAGCCUUCACACCGUCGUACACUCACAUAUUCUUGUUUUUCGUUUUGCACCAGAAUUUUUGGUCACUCUGUGACACUCCAGUUAUGCAUCUCUUUCAGCAAAAAAACAAAAACAAAAUUGCUCUAUUUCUACAUCCUCUCCCCUACAACAACAACAUAUGGGUUGCUGUUUACUCUCUCAGCCAGACUCGCGCUCAUCCUCGCUCUCGGCGCUCCUAGUUUUGUUGAGAUUCCCAGAUGAAAGUUGAGUCUGAAAGGAGCCCUCUCUGCUCACUAGCCACCCAACACUACACAAGUGGAGCGUGAAAAACAAACCUUGCUAAUGGGCCUCCGCCUCCAGGCUCCUCAUCGCACCUGAACUUCCUCCACCUCUUUACCCUCAUCAGCACCGCUCAGGAGACACACACACACACACACACACACGCACAUACACACACACACACCCUCACACUAGCCUUUUUGUGUGUGUGUGUGAGAGUAUGUGGUGUGAGGGUCUUCACUGGAUUGUCCCCAUGUUAAUCCUCCCUCGGGAGGAGGCCUAGAAAGGCUAUUGUGGUGGGCCACUGAGCGUGUGGCAGUAAGUGGGGCCACUGCUUUAGUGUUUGAUGUAUAUUAUUAGACUUCUGCGAGCCCUUCCCUGGCCCUCUAGACUUCAGACUUUAGCCCCCCCCCCCAUCCCUGCUUAGCCCAGGCUUCAUAUGCGUGUCUUGAGUACUCAGGGUAAUGGGGGAGCCACUGAGGAAUAAAAUGCAUCUGGUAAACAGUGCAUUAGCGCUGAUUACGUGCAUCUUGAGUUGACCUCGGCGGCGGCACGCACCAUGCCUCCCAUGUUAAAUAUCCAGGAGUGAUUCCAUUCAUAUUCAAUGAGGAAGUGUAAUUAGAACCAGCAGUAAACAAAAAAAAGGUUCAAAUAUAUAAAAAAGUAAGGCCCUCCCAUUAGAGACUAGAGAUGAGGGAGUGAGUGCGGAUGGUCACUGUGUGGAGACUAGGAGUGUGUGGACGAUCAGGAGACUAAGAGUGUGCGGACGGUCAGGAGACUAAGAGUGUGCGGACGGUCAGGAGACUAAGAGUGUGCGGACGGUCACUCUGCGGAGACUAAGAGUGUAGUGCAGCCCCCCCCCACAUCAGGGGUCAUCAGCAGGGCAAGACUGGCGUCAGAGACAGAAAGGGAAUUUGUGUUUGUUGUUGUUGUUGAGGUGCACGGUGUGUUUGUUAAAGAUGAAUGAAGUGACACAAAAAGGGGGAAAUGUUAUUAAUAGGACAGUACGGAGGAAGUAAGAGGUGGUUUAUGUGUGUGUGUGUGUGUGUGUGUGUGUGUAUAUAAUGGGUUCUGUAAGAGGUAGAUGAGAGGGACACCAGAUUAGUAGCAGUGGUGGUUCAGCGGCGGCUAUCGUGGAAAAAAAAAAAAUAAUCAGACGAUGGUCAGCUUGUCGCAGCUCAGGAAAGGUCACCUUGUUUGCACACGCCAAGGUCGGCUUGUUUGCACUGCCCACACUAUCCAUCACCCUUAGGCUGCCCCGCUGGUGAUCAUUCGCCGGAGAGGCGGACACGCACCAAUCAGGGGGCUGGAGCUGAACCCUUCACUAGUGGUUCUGGCUGACGCUCUCUUUAUCUCCUUUAAGAGGUGGAUUGAGUGGAGAGACUCCAUAGCGCUUCUGAGAAGCUGAAAGCCAUUCGCUCUGGCGCACGCUACACUCACUCCUCUUCAUCCUCCUCAGUGUUUCUUUUUCUCCUUUUGGUUAUUUUUUGGUUUUGCCAUUUGUUUUGUAUGAACUUCUUAACUGUACCAAGUGCCUUUUGAAAAGCUUUAUAAACGAUUGUUAUGCAUUUAUUAAAAUACUGCUGUAUUCAUAUGUACAUGCUUGACAUUUUUUUUUUUAUGUUUGCAUAAGAAUGACUCCUGCAUAGAGGGUACCCUCUAUAAAUUAUUAUCUAUGUUAGAGCUUUGUAAUCAAUAAAUAUUGUACAAUA